UCCUGGAGUGCCUCGGGGAGCCAACCAGCGCCCAGGAGGGCCCUAUUCGGGUCGCAAGAUGGCGCAGGAGCUUCUCCGUAACCAUUUUGGCUCAAGCCUCUCUGGCACACCUUUUUUACUUCUCAUCGUCCGGCCUCUUUCAGGCUGCAUUCUAGCUGCCAUGGCGUACUACCGCUCGGGGGGCGCCUGGGGCAGCUCGGGAAUGGGCUACGGCGCGGGCUACGGCGCCGGGGCUGGGUAUGGGGCAGGCUAUGCCGGCGGCCUGCAUGGCGCGGGCGCGUACGGCGGCGGUGCGGACUGUGGAACUGCCUGCUGCGCUGGGGCGAGCGCCGCCAUGGGCUGCGGCCCCGCCUGCGGCGCGGGGUGUGCCGAGGCGACGGGCUGUGGCAGCGGCGUGGGUGGCGGCAGCGGCUGCGGCACGGGCGCAGGAGGUGGCACGAUCCUGAGCUACGUGGGCCCCGGGGGCGACUACGCGCAGGAGACGACGUACAGGUACGUGGGGGCGGGCGCGGGCGAGUUCGGGGUGCUGCGCAUUCCCGGCCGCGGCCCCAACUGCUGCCUGCUCCUCCUCAUCCCAGGGCUGCUGUCCCUGCUGCUGCUCCCGCUGCUCCUGUACUCGCUCGCCCCUGGGAGCACCACGACCACGACGACGACCACCACGCCGUUUAUUCCGACAACCACGGCGCCACCCGACACGACCACCACGCCAGCCACCACGACCAAGAAGACGACGACCCAGGCGCCUCCCCCGCCGCCUCCGCCGCCCCCGCCACCCCCGCCGCCGCCUCCGCCCCCGCCCCCUCCGCCGCCGCCCACGACCACCGAGAAAAAGAUCAACUGCGGCGAAGGUGCCCCGGAGUCGUGGGACGAGGCGAAGAAGGUGCAGUGCUGCCUCAUGGAGAACAAGGGGUGCCCGACCACGUCCACGUCGCCCUGCCCCAUCGAUUGCAACGCGGGAUACAACGACCUCGACCCGCUGCAGUGGGUGCGCGGCUGGUCUGGUGAGAAGAAGCUGUACUGCUGCAAGACGGCCCAAAGGGGGUGCCCCUCGGAGCUGCCGCCCCCCUCGGGCCUGCCGCCCUCGGGCUUGCCUCCCGCCCCGGACAGCAACGUCUACGACUGCGACGCCGGGUACCACCACUGCAUGCACUGCCUGGAGCUGUCGUGGUCCCCCAAGAAGAUCAAGUACUGCUGCGACAACUUCCACAAGGGGUGCAAGGGCGAGGAGCCUGAGUAGAGUGAGCUUCGAGAGUGGGCCGCGCCAGGGCGGCCAGGCGAUGUAGCAAGGAACAGGCAUAUCACGGGGAGCAGGCUGUGCAGUACGCAGGCUUACGGGCAUCAGUUUGGUUUCCUUUCCUGUUGGCUCCGCCCCAUUCCCUCGGGUUCCACGGGCAGUAUCUUUGUGUGACAGCGCGGCAAGGCAAAGCUACGUGCGCGCGCUGCACAGCUUGGGUAUCGCCGCACGCGGUCCAGCAGGUGCGUGCAAGAGGGAACGGCGUGCGCGUCUUUCGGAUCUUCGCGAUGCACGCCG